AUGAAUGAAUCUAUUAAUCUUGAUUUUCCCUCAUCUAGCUUUACCCUUACUAUCAUUCAAACAGCAAUAUUUUUUCUCACAAUCGUUUUUGCUAUCGCUUACACAACUCUUAUUCUUGUCGAAUCUACACUUCGUAAAAACAAAUUAAAUUGGUUCACAAUCAAUGUUUGUCUCACAAGUGUAUUAUUUAGUACUAUUAUGAUAAUGCUGAAUAUUCAACAAUUACUCGGUGUAACUGGUAAUAUAUCCUGUCAGUCUACAGCUUAUCUGGUAACUAUGAUCGCAUGUCAGUUGAUGUAUUCGCAUUGCGUAUUCGCCAUCAGUAGACUUCUCACGAUUGUUUAUGCACAUAAGCGUAUAUUUCGUUCAAAUUUAUGUCUGUGGGGUUACAUCAUUGCAGGAUGGAUUGUUGCUUUCUUACUUGCUUUGCCGUACUCGUUCACGGACUUUCUUAUGUGUUCCAAAUCAGAGGAAAUAACUUUUAUAUCUUACUAUGCUCUGAUAACUAUUCUAUUCUUACCAAUCAUAAUCAUUACUGCAUGCAAUACUCGCACUCUUAUGUUCGUGCGUCAUUCUGCACGUCGAGUACAUGCUGGCAAUACCGUUGGUCAAGUGUCGCAUAAACGUGAUGUCUUUUUAGUUAAGUUAACUAUUGGCACUUUUAUAAUGUUCAUAGUAGGAUGGACACCUUCUUUUACUAUACAAAUAUUUCAGAAAACUGCUUAUAUUCCAAACAUUGCAAACGAAUGUUUUCAUGUCUUGCCCUCAAUAGCUUUACUUGGCGACGUAUUACUGUUGAUAUUUACUAAUCAGCCGGUGCGUGUCUUGGUUAAGAAUUUCACAAAUAAAAUCUUCCAUCUUUGA